AUGAAGCUUCUCCGGCAAUGCAGUGGCUUCACCAUCCUCGUGCUUCUGUUCCGAGUGAUCAGGCCUGGUGCUGCCGUUAGCACUUCGAGUAUCCAUGAAGUCAACGAGAGUCCAACCUGUGACGAGAGAUCCCUAGCCAUGUUUUCGACGAUUAAUCCAAUUCCGUGCGCCGCGACGACACCCUGCGUCGAAGAGACUGGCGAUCUAGGCAACAGCUCUCUCUACGAAUUCUGCAACUACACGCAACAGGAAUGCCUCAAGGACGCGUAUGGCGACACUCUGUACGUGCUGCUGGAGCACUACGACGACACCAACUGCGAGAAGCUUACGUCAACCGACGUUUACCGUGCGGACGGCAAGUGCCACAACAGCCUCAACUACGCGCUACAGGUUGUUGUCGACACUGACGGCACCGUGAGCAUCAAGAGUAGGGCCAAAACGUGUGAGCUUGGCGACUGGGGCGAUGUGAUCAAUCCUGUUCGGAAGGCGAACGUCAACACUGGUGCUUGCUUCCCCACGGAUAUCCACUCAGCGAAACUCUACUUGAUCGACGGAACCAACGACACGUCCUCUUAG